AUGGUGGAUCCGGGUGGACUUGAACCACCUACCUCUCCAUUAUCAGCGGACGGUAUUACUUCUCAUGAAGUUAUCAAAAUCGUUCGCAAGCGACUAAAUAUAAAAAAAGUUGGUCAUGCAGGAACCCUCGAUCCCUUGGCGACUGGUUUACUAAUAGUUAUGUUAGGCAAAACCACCAAACUAAGUAACUUAUUAAUUAGUCAAUUUAAAUCUUAUCAAACCGAAAUGGAAUUAUUUAUUGAAACCGAUAGUGGUGAUAUAACUGCAAUAAAAAUAGCGGGUAAAAAAUUGUACGAAUAUGCUCGCCAAGGUAAAGAAAUAGAAGUUUCUCUCCGUCAAGUAGAAGUAAAAAAAAUCGAACUGUUAGAAUACAACUCAGAAAAAAACAUAAUAAGUUUACAAGUUGAAUGCAGCAAAGGGACUUAUAUUCGUAGUCUAGUCAAAGAUAUUGCCCAAAGAUUAGCCACCAUUGCUACGGUGACAAGUUUAAGAAGAAUUAGUUCAGGGAGUUUCCAUAUCAGCCAAGCAAUAAAAUUAGAAGAAAUUAGACCAGAAAAAAUAAUUUCUCAUCAAGAACUAAGCGAGAAAUACAAAGAAAGUCAACAAAAAUAUAAUACCAAAGAAAAAAGAGCAGAAAUAAAAGGACUUCUUGUUAGAUCUGCUAAGUACCAAAAUGAGGACGUUGACGAGUUUCCGCUUUUUCAAAUUAGUAGUAUUCCUCGGGAGGAUAGACAUUAUUUAAAUACUAGUCUGACCGGCCAGUUAGACCUAACUGAUUUUAUUAAUUUAGAAAAAUUGGUUAUUAAUGAUCAGCGUGUCACUAGGUUAAUAAUUAGUAAUUGUGCAAAUUUAAGCAUUCUUGAUUGCUCUAAUAAUUAUUUGGAAGAUCUAGACCUAACUAAUUUAAGCCAAUUAAAAAUAUUUGCUUGUGCAAAUAAUCAAAUAACCAACUUAGACUUAUCUCCUCUUACUUCGGAAAAGUUAGAAAAUAAUGAUAAUGAAGGAAUGAUUAGACAAGGAAAGUAUAAUCGUUUUUAUGGCUCUUUGGAAUUCUUGUCAACCUUAGAGAAAUUAGAAGAACUAGAUAUUAGUGGCACUGAUAUUAGUUCAGGAUUGGAAUAUUCACCUCCGAAUUUGAAAUUCUUCUUUUGUGCCGAAAUAAGGGCGGGAGCACGAGUAAAAGAAAUAAAAAAGGAAUUGUGCUUGAAUGAAAACCAAGCCCAAAGCAAAGAAACUGAAAUCAACUGGGCAAAAUCAUCUUUGCUUAAGUUUCUUCGCAACUCGCGAAUAUUAAAAGAACUAAUUCAAUCUAGAGUAGGCAAUGAAAUCGAACCGCUGUUAUCGAAUUUUUUGAGAACUCAGCAAGAAAUAAAAAUCAUGCAAAUGUCAAGUCAAGUUGCUAACGAUACUGGAUUCUCUCAAUUUCCUCAAAAUAGUGUGAUGAUCCAGGCGCAUUUAGACCAAUUAGCAUCACUUAAGCAAGAAUUAUUAAGCAGACAAGUAUCUGAGUCAGAAAUAAACCAACUUUAUGAUUUACAGUCCCCAGCUACAGAAGCCAAGAUUUUAUUAAUGGCACUUCGACAAUCAGAAUUAUUGAAACAACAGUCUCAAAUUAUUCAAGUUAAUUUACAAUUACCUUUCUAA